AUGGCUGAAUCACUUGUCUCCACCAUCCUGGGUCAAUUGGCUUCACUAGCCACUGAAGAGGUGAAACUUCUUGCUUCUGCUGACAAAGCAGUGGGAAAGCUCACCAGCAAUUUCCGAGCUGUCCAAGCUGUGCUUGAAGAUGCCGAGAGCAGACAAAUGAAGGAGAAGAGUGUGGGAGAUUGGUUAGAUAAGCUCAAAGACGUUUCAUAUGAUAUCGACGAUGUGUUGGAUGAGUGGAUCACUGCAUGUAGAAAAUUACAAAUGAAGGAAGCUGAAAAUGCUUCUAAGCUUUGGAAAAAGGUAUGUUCUUGCAUCUCAUCUAAUUGCUUUUGUUGCAAGAAAGUUUUCCUACGUCAUGAAAUUGCUAUCAAGAUAAAAGACCUAAAUGAAAGACUUGGUGAUAUUGCCAAGGAAAAGGACGGUUUCAAUUUUAGCUUGACAACGGGCACUAGACAACUAGAGCACGAAGUAACUACCUCUCUUAUUAAUUUACGGGAGGUCUAUGGAAGAGAUCAGGAUAGAAAUACAUUAAAAAACUACUUGUUAGCUGAGAGUAGUCAAGAAUCAAUCAUCUCCACCAUUUCUAUCAUAGGGAUGGGAGGGAUUGGAAAAACAACUCUAGCUCGAUUAGCUUUUAAUGAUGAUGAGGUCAAAACCCAUUUUGAUAAAAAAAUUUGGGUGUGCGUCUCUGAUCCUUUCGAUGAAAUUAGGAUUGCCAAAGCAAUUCUUGAAUCUCUUUUAGGUGGAAAAAAAGAUGCAGAUGAAUUAGAAACUGUGUUAAAUGAGAUACGAGAAUUUAUUAAGGAGAAGAAAAUUCUUCUUGUUUUAGAUGAUGUGUGGCUUGAGGAUUUUAGGAAAUGGGAACAAGUUCCCAUUUCCUAA